UUUCCUGCACCUACAGAAAACCAGGAAAUUUUCCUGGGAAAACUGCUUUACAACCAUAUUAAGCUUCCUUCUUCCUAUAUUGGGUUUAUUUCUCUCUUCCAAGUUUUUAAAAAAGGUUUCAACUUUCCGAGUUUCUUAUUGAUGAUUUAGUACAAUCUUUCCUUUUUCGUGGUUGUGAUAAAUUUUGGGGUUGGGUUUCUUUAAUGGGUACUCGGGUUUCAACAUCUUGGAACAAAAGCAAAAGGUACAUCAUCUUCUUGAACAUUUCAUUUCUCUUGGUGGCUUGUGUUUUCUUGAUUAUAUGUUUUAGGUCUUCUGGAAUUGUUGUCUUAAGCAGUAAUAAUAGUCAGCAAGAUUGUAAGGACCUGGAGAAUCUAGUCGAUUAUAGAGCCAAGUGUUCUUCCCUUAAACACAGUAGCCCAUGUGUUUCUCAAGGCUAUAUUGAUUAUCUCUACCUUUCUUAUUGCAAUUUUGGAAGAUUUCCACUUUUGGGUCAUUGCCUUUUGAUUCUUUGGCUCCUUGUGUUGUUUUAUCUUUUGGGAAAUACAUCCUCUGAAUACUUUUGUUAUUCCCUUGAAAGCUUGUCAAACCUGUUGAAAUUGUCCCCUACACUUGCUGGUGUUACUCUCUUGUCUCUUGGCAAUGGUGCCCCAGAUGUGUUUUCCAGCAUAGUCUCUUUCAUGGAUAGUGGAACACAGGAUAUUGGACUAAAUACAGUUAUGGGUGGUGCUUUCUUUGUAACAUGUGUUGUGGUCGGAACCAUAAGCACUUUGGUGCACCAUAAACGAGUCAGGGUUAACAAACCUGCUUUCAUCAGAGAUGCUUGCUACCUUCUCAUGGUGAUUGCGUCCUUGAUUUUGACAUUGGCUUAUGGCAAAAUCAGUCUCUGGGGAGCAAUGGCAUUUUCUUCAAUGUAUGUUGUUUAUGUUAUCCUUGUUUAUGUCAUAUACGUGUUUUGGAACACUGGUGACAUGGACUCUGAUUCGAGUUGCAACAGCGAUUUGAGCAUACCGAUCUUGGAUGGAGUCGAGAAAGUAGAGCUAGAUGGUUUGGAGGAAGGGAAUCUAGGAGAUGAUGGAAAAGGAGCUGAAUCCAGGAAAUGUUGCUUUUGUUUGAGAACAUCAAGAACUUGUAAAUUGUUGCUCUGGGUCCUUGAGAUGCCCCUUUAUUUACCUAGAAGAUUGACAAUUCCAAUUGCUUGCCAAGAUAGAUGGUCUAAGCCAAUUGCAGUUGUUUCUGUCACACUGGCACCAAUUCUCUUAUCCAUACUUUGGGAUCUUCAAGAUGACAGUGUCAAGCUCAGUCUCAACUUCAAUUCAGGCCUGGUGGUUUACGGAACCGGGGUCAUUAUUGGAACCGGCUUAGGGGUUGUUGCAUAUUUGAAAACCGAAAAAUCGAGCCCACCGAACAACUGUUUGCUCCCAUGGCUAGCUGGAGGGUUCUUUAUGAGUGUGAUUUGGAGUUACAUUCUAGCUCAAGAACUCGUUGGCUUAUUGAUUUCACUAGGCUACAUACUCGGAAUCAACCACUCAAUCCUUGGUCUGACGGUCCUGGCGUGGGGCAACUCACUCGGAGACCUGAUAACCAACUUGACAAUGGCUCUGAAUGGUAGUGCACAAGGUGCACAAGUGGCUAUAUCAGGCUGCUAUGCUGGUCCCAUCUUCAACACCCUAUUUGGUUUGGGCUUGUCCUUCAUUGGCUCAGCCUGGUAUGGAUACCCUUCACCUGUUGAGAUUCCUAAAGACCCUUAUCUACUAGAAACACUGGGUUUUCUAAUCUGUGCCUUGGUAUGGGCGCUUUUGGUUCUGCCAUUGAGAGAUAUGAAGCUUGAUGGGGUCCUUGGAGGUGGCCUUUUUCUUAUCUACUUGACUUCCAUGUCUUUAAGGUUGAUCCAAGUGGUUGCCUGAUACUGUUGAAAAUUGUAUACGUAGUUAUUACAUGUAUAUAUUGAUAUCAUAUACUUUUCUUUAAGCUUGCCUUACUGUAGACUAACCAAUUAAUUA